UGCCCCACUAAGAAAAACCCUGGUAUCUCCAAAAAAAUCAAAAACGAGAUUUUUGCACCAAACAAUUAAUUGUGAUUUUUACAAUAUAUUUACGUAGAAAAAACCUGGCAUUUUAAUUUCCUACAUAAUUUAUAAGGAAAAAUUGUUUCCCCGUAAACGCCAAAAAUAGUCUCUAUGCUAAGUAUAAACCUUGUAUCAUAUAUUUUCUUAGCAAAAUUCUGGUAUGUAACAGGAGAUACGAGUUUUUAACGAAGAAAAAUCAAUAUGCCAGGUUUUCUCUAAGGAUAUCCGCGUGUUCACUAUCGACGCUGUCGAUAACAGGUUAUCACUUAGCAUUUUGCCGAGUAAGCUAUCAUUUUAUUGAUUUGUUUCGACCUGUCAUGUCGCACCGGCAUUUGUAAGGUUAUUCUAAUUUUAUUUGGAAUACUGUUUAGAAUAUUACUUAUUAAAGUGGUGAUCGUUAGUGGCAAGAAUAUUAAACAUCUUCCUUGGGUAAGUUUUAAUUCUAAAUUAUUAUUUCUAGAAAUAAUAAUGCUCCUUAGAUUUCAAUGUGUCUGUAAAAGCCGAUUUAGGGUCUUGUAAACAUUAGGUACCUAUCCACUAUUUUUCAAAUUAUUUAAAUUUUAAGGAAGAGCCCUCGAUAUCUAGAAUAGUUUAAAAGAAAAAAAUCGUUGGAUGAAACAAUUUUGAUGGACAAAAAAAUUAAACAUAAUAAUUAAAAUAAAGAAUGUAGGAAAUCCUAUGAGCGUUGCCAACUUUCCUACUGCUUCUGACAUUCAAAAAAAGUGAUUCAUCAACAAUUUUUCUAUACAGAAUAGUUAAACAGAACAUAAUUUGCCAAAAAAAAAAAACAUUAAAUAAUUGAAAGUGAGUGGAUACCUAAUGUUUACAAGAACAGCCAAUUUAUAAUAUUCGGCGCUGUACGUUGACGUCUGGUCUUUAAAUCAAAUUAAGUAAUAUGUUGUUCGUAUUAUCAGCCUCUAAAGCCGAAUAUGGACAUUUUUGCUUUUACUAUUAAUGAGUGGUGGUAUCCAGGGUGGAAGGGGUAGGGACAAUAUUUAAAUAAAACAAUUACAAAAAAGUGUAUAAACUACUUCGCAAUCGAAAAAUUGUCGGGCAUUUAACUAUAUUUUUUGUAUUAAAACUAAGGUUCGAUAGUUCAUUUUUCAUGACAUUUUAGGCCCAUGGACGGGACACUACGUUAGUGCGGCAGUCGUCAACAUAAAACGUCAAAGUUUGUAAAUCGACCUUAAUGGUCUACAAAAAUAAAAGUACAGCCUAAAUUUUGUUUUAUAUUAAUUUGGAAUGGUAGUUUUACUAACUUAUUUUUUUCUGUUUAUUAAUUAAUUUAUUAUUAAGACCUGAUCCCCUGCCCUGGUAGAAAAGUAUUGCCAUAAUAGGAUUUAUAUUUUAUAAACAGGCAUGUCUUUGAGGUCAAAGAAAUUGGUGGCUAUGGCGCUGCAUAAAACUGAAUCAGAUCGAUCAUCAAAUGAGCAGAAGUUAUUGCCCCUUUAUACCGAAGAUGACAUCCAAAUAGGUGUUCUGGAACCAUUAUCGCGUUGCCCCAUACAAGAUUCAUCAAGUAGGAAAUGUCACGGAGAAAUUAAACCAAAGCAAAAAAAUACUGACGGGUGCUUUUUGAAAGUGUCAUCUCAUUGUGAUGGUUUUUCUAUUCAGCCUAGUAUUGAAAAUGAGCGCGUUGAAGUAGUUUUUUACACAAAUAAUGAUGCAUAUCCUACCGACAUUGUUACUGACACCGAUGUUAUAAACGAUUGCGGCGACUCCAAUAAAAAUGACUCGUUGGCUGACACAGCUGAUGUUUCAGCUGGUACUAUAAUAAACAAUUAUAAUUUUGAACUAUCCACGACAGAAGACCCUAUUGCAAAUGAUAAUAACCAACAGCAAGAAACAGAAUUAGAUUCCAACGGCUAUAUUUUAGAGGCUGAUGACCUAGCCAACAAAAUAUUAAUAUUACCAGAACUGGAAGAUCAAACAUUAGUUGAACCUAUUGAACCUAUUAUUCCAUCCGAUGCAAUAGAAAAUAAUGCCGAUCAAGGUGAUGAAAAGUACACGAAAAAAGGGAAAAUUAGAAAACGGAAGAGUUUCAACAUAUCGGUGGACCAAAGGAAAAAAAUUAAAUGCUCAGAGAUACAACAAAAACAUAAAGUUCAAAUACCAUGUGACGCCAAUAAAUGCCAAAAGAAAUGCUCAGAGAAGAUCGAUCAAGAUAGACGAGUAGCAAUAAAUAAAAUGUAUUGGAAUCUAGAUUGGGUAGCUAAAAAAACAUACAUCCUUAAUUCUGUCAACAGAGCCCCGAUAAAAAGAAGACGCUCAGAUUCUUCAACAAAACAAAAUAGCUUUAAGUACUUUCUAAAAGAUUCUGAUGGUGAAACACAAAAUGUCUGUAAGAUAUUUUUUUUGACGACCCUCGGAUAUAAAAAAAACAACGAUUGGGCCAUCCAAAGCUUUGUACAACAAGAUUUUUUUAAAAAUGGAAAAAUCGCUCCCCUGGCUGACAAACGUGGUAGGAAUGCGUCCAAGUUUAAAAUAUCUACCGAAGAUAUCGAAAAGCAUAUAGAAACAUUUAAUCCAGUAAUUUCACAUUACCGGAGAGAGCAUGCUCCGCAUCGCCGCUACCUGCCGAGUGAUUUAACCAUUGAUGCAAUGUAUACGAACUUCCUGGAGACUCAUCCUGAUAAGAAAUGUUCAUAUGAGGUUUACAGGAAAGUGGUUAAAAGCAAGAACAUCUCGUUUACGAAGUUGGGCCACGAGGAAUGUGAGCUCUGCGAAGGAUUUCACUUACAUGAUGCUCUACAUAAUGAAACAAACUUGGACAGAAACUGUGAAGUAUGCCAAAAAUGGGAAGUGCACAUUAACAGGGCAAAAAGGUCUAGAGAAUUAUACAGAAAAGAAUGCGAAUCAGUUUGUGAACCAAACACGUUAAGAGUUUCAGCUGAUCUUGAAAAAGUAAUAAUGAUUCCUCGGAUUGAUAUGUUUAAAAAAGUUGUCUUCACUCAAAGAAUAGUCGUAUAUAAUGAAAGUUUUGUGCCAUUAAAAACGCUGAAGAACAAUAAGCCAUUUGCAGCAUUGUGGCACGAAGGAAUAUCAGGCAGAAGCAAGGAAGCAAUUAUUAGUACGUUCUUUUCAUUUAUGUUGCACAAUCGUGAUGUGGAGCAUUUUGUGUUUUGGUUGGACAACUGUUCUUCGCAAAACAAAAAUUGGGCGUUUCUUUCAUUUUUAAUGUUCAUAAUAAAUUCCGACAAAAUAGCUGCUAAGGAUAUUAUCAUAAAUUACUUCGAGCCUGGCCAUACUUUUAUGUCCGCCGACAGUUUCCACCAUCAGGUGGAACUAUCGCUGAAGAAAGCAAAAAAAGUUUACGACUUUCAUGAUUUCGUUGAAGCAGUUCAAACCAGUAACUCGAAGCGUGUUACAGUUAAAGAAAUGGCAGUUGCUGAUUUUUUCGACUGGAAAGACUAUUCUUCACAGGCAAAAUUGAAAAAAAUUGAGCCACGAGUUUACCUGUCGCAAGUAGUUAAGGUAAUGGUCCAGAGAGGAAGCGAUACUUUGAAAGUUGAGACGGAUGAUACUGGGGAGUUGAAACAAAUAGAUUUUUUACAAGUUAGAGCAAUAAAGUCUGGGAUAAAAGAACCCGCAGUCAUGAAGAAACCCUCUGGAAUUCCCAAAAGUAGAAAAGAACACAUUCUGAAAAAUUUAGGGGAAAUUAUACCAGCAAACCGGCAUAAUUUUUGGCGAGAAUUGCCCACUUCCGAUGAGCAGUAACUACAUUUUUUUAAUUUUAAUUCGUUUCAUUUUACUCAUUUAGUAUCGUUUUUUUUGUGAUUUUUAAAAUAAUUUUUUUUAAGUAUGUAUUAAUAAAUUGAUUAUUGAAUAAAAUAAUUUUUAGGACAAUACAAAAAUAAAGCAGUAUAUAAGAAAAAAAUGUUCAUCUCUCAGCUAUGAAUUUUAUAAUAUUUACAUAGUAAAAAUCACGCUUCAGCCAAAUUUGUAUUAUACGUGGUUUUAACUAAAUAAAUUCGGUUUCACUUUUAGCACUCUUAACCCGUAUAUAACAUAACUAAUAUUCAUAGCUUAGUUUCGCAUUUUUUUUUCUUAGAAACGUUAACUUUGAGUUAACAAAUGAUAUCUCAAAUCAUGUUAUUGUAUUUAUUUAGAAAGAACUUAAUAGAACCAACGAAAAACUUUAAGCGCGGUUUUCUCAAAACUUGCGUUACUGGAGAUACCAGGGUCUUUCUUAAUGGGGCA